UUUUUUUCUUUGUUUUCUACUUUUCUUAGAUCUCAGAAAUGAUAUCCAUGGAGUGUGGCGGCGCGGCGCUCCGCGGCGGCGCUCUCAUCUCCUCAUCGUCCUUCCCCUCCGGUCUCAAGCUCCAUUUCCCCAAUCCUCUUCUCUGCUUAAGAUACAAAAUCAUGUUUGUCCAAUGCCUUCUAUGGUUUCUUUACUUCCCACUACAAGAUGUGAAGCGGUCGAAGGAAGGACUAUUAGGGUUGAUUUGGCUGAUACUGAUUGGGAUAACCUUGGAUUUGGACUUGUGCCUACCGAUUAUAUGUAUGUUAUGAAAUGCACUCAGAAUGGAACAUUUACUGAAGGCAAAUUACAGCCAUAUGGACCUGUUGAAUUGAGUCCAUCAUCUGGAGUCUUAAAUUAUGGCCAGGGGUUGUUUGAAGGCCUAAAAGCAUAUAGGAAAGAAGAUGGGUCAAUUCUUCUCUUUCGUCCAGAAGAAAAUGCUUUAAGAAUGAAGUCAGGUGCUGAAAGGAUGUGCAUGCCUUCACCAACUGUUGAGCAGUUUGUGGAUGCUGUAAAGCUCACUGUUUUGGCAAAUAAACAUUGGGUACCACCCGUGGGUAAAGGUUCGCUAUACAUUCGGCCUUUGCUUAUCGGAAGUGGGCCUAUUCUUGGUCUUGCACCAGCCCCUGAGUACACAUUUCUUAUUUUCGUUUCACCUGUUGGCAACUAUUUUAAGGAGGGUUUAGCACCGAUAAACCUAAUAGUAGAAACCGACUUUCAUCGUGCAACCCCUGGUGGUACUGGUGGUGUAAAGACUAUUGGCAAUUAUGCUUCAGUCUUGAAGGCACAGGCAAUAGCUAAGGCAAAAGGCUAUUCAGAUGUUCUAUAUCUCGACUCUGUUCACAAGAAAUAUGUGGAGGAGGUCUCAUCCUGCAAUAUUUUCAUUGUGAAGGGCAAUGUUAUUUCAACUCCAGAGCUUCUUGGGACAAUCUUGCCUGGAAUCACAAGAAAAAGUAUAAUUCAGGUUGCUCGGAAUCAAGGAUACCAGGUUGACGAGCGCCUAGUAUCAGUAGACGAUUUGCUUGAUGCGGAUGAAGUUUUUUGCACGGGAACGGCUGUGGUCUUAUCACCAGUUGGAAGCAUUACAUACCACGGAAAAAGAGUGGAAUAUGGACACAGAGGAGUUGGUGUUGUAUCCCAAAAGCUUUAUUGUGCACUCACAGAUCUUCAGAAGGGAAUUACAGAGGACAACAUGGGCUGGACUAUGGAGCUGAAUUAGUUUUAUAAGAUUAUUAUGAUCAAAUGUUCACUUUUCCUACCAAAAUAUGUUGUUCUUUUAAUUUAAGUCAGACUUUUAAUGUGGUCGAACUACCUCUUUCAGUAGCUAGGUGAACUACAAUAUAUAUAUAUAUAUAUAUAUCAGUGUGAUUUGCCAGAUUUUGCAUCAAUACUACUAUUUUUUGGGGUU